AUGUCUGAGUUUCCUCCGGCCAGUCUCCGCCCUCUUAUUGAAGAGAUCUUCGACCUCCUCCGCGCCCGCAAGGAGACCAUCUCCGUUGCCGAAACCGCAUCCGGCGGCCUCAUCUCAGCCUGUCUCCUCUCUACUCCAGGCGCAUCCACCAUCUACAAAGGCGGACUUACGGUGUACACCCUCGACUCCCGCAUUGCCUACACCGGCUGGACCCCUCAACAUUGGGAAAAUUACAGUGGCCCGACCCCAGAAAUAGUGGCGGGGAUCGCGGAAAAUGUGCGCGGCACGCUGAAAUCUACAUAUACCGUUUUUAUGCAGUGGAUAUGUGGCGCUCGCAGUAUCGACGCCGUCUGGGACGGUGACAAGGGAGGUGGAGACAGGAACCGCGGAAAGAGAAAAGAACAUGGUGCUUUUUGCUGGGGAGGGAUUGAAGUUGGUGAGGGAUUUACUUGUUGGUGA